CAACAUCUUUACAUCAUUCGAUAUCACAUCAUAUCUCAGGGGUUUAAAAGGACCGAAUUGACGACCUGCUUUAUAUGAAUGAUUCAUUGAAUGUCUAAUCAUAUCCAAUUGGUACUUGCAUGAGGACAAUUCCUCUUAUAAAGCAGCAAUUGGUUCUCAAAUCCUCGCUUAUUAGCCAUUGACAGACGUCAUACUCAAUACUCAUCAUUCCUUAAUACUCUACACCCCUUGUACGCCAUCAGUAGAAACUGGGCUCACACCCAAUGGCCUCUAUAAACGACCUCGCGACUGCCGCGACUAUAGCAUCAUCAGCCGUCGCGCUACAAUCAUCACCGGAUAGUAAUCAAGAAAGCCCUCGUCCUGCAGAAUCUUCUACUGCAGCCCCUACCACAACCACCACUACCACAUCCCCUCCCCCUCCAGAUCUAACCCAGACCGAAGUAGCAGCUCUACUCGCCGCCACAGGGUCACGCCCCACAACCGCGAAAACAGACGCGGAUGACACCAAAGACGGCGACUCAAUCACCGUCGCGACAGGCGCGCCACCAGUCCUAGCCCCGCCUCAAAUCGCGCCACCACAGAGCGCGUCCCAAGCACAAGCGCAGAUUCCGGCACCCCCUCCACCUGCAGCCCCUCGUGCCGCGUCUGCUGAGCCCAAAGAUGAGAACGGGGGGUUAGAAGGUAGUAGUAAGGGAACUGCUACCAGUGAUGGAGACGCAAUGGAUGGCGUAGAGGAAACGAGCAAGGAGAGGACGAAACCGGUCCGUGGCGCGCUGGUCGUGUUUGAGGGCAUGGAUCGUGCGGGGAAGACGACACAGGCGAAGUUGUUGCAGCAGAGGUGUGUCGAGAGUGGGAGGGAGGUUCGGUUUAUGCGGUUUCCUGAUAGGACAACGCCUAUAGGUCGCAUGAUCGAUGCGUACCUUAAGGGUGAGACGGAGGUCGAGGAUCAUGUUAUUCACUUGCUAUUUAGUGCGAAUAGGUGGGAGGCUGUCAAGAAAAUCAAGACGGAGCUCGAAGCCGGUCACACUAUUAUCUGCGAUCGCUUCUACCACAGCGGCAUCGUAUACAGCGCUGCGAAGGAGAUUAAAGACCUAUCUCUAUCCUGGGCUAAGGCGCCUGAGGUCGGCUUACCCCGCCCAGAUAUGGUAUUGUUCCUAGAUUUAGAAGAGGAAGUUGCGCGGAAGCGCGGCGGUUGGGGUGGUGAGGUAUAUGAGAAGGGCGAGAUGCAACGUCGCGUCAGGGACUUAUUCUGGGGCCUUAGUAUGGGUGACCUUGGUAGUGCCGGGGUGAACAGCAGUGCUAAAGCAAUGAGGAGACGAACUGACGGAGAAAGAUUUGGGAACGGACUAAAUGACACUAAUGAGGAGGGUGAGUUUAGGCAGGAGGAAGAAGAUAUCCAGAUUGUGGAUGCGAACCUCGACGUCGAGAGUUUAUCUGAGAAGGUGUGGGAACACGUUUUACCUAGGUUAGAGGCGGUUGAAAGGGGAGAGGUUGGAAAGACGGUGAGGAUAGUGCGGUAAAUCUAUACCUCCACAGCGUUGAAAAUAACACAGCAUGAUAAGUAAUCCUCAUUCUUAUAUAUAUCACUAAUGAAGAGAUGAGAGAAAUAAUCAUGAUUGGAUGACCUUUUUGGUAUACCCCCUCCGCCGGUUGAACCUAUACGAGUGGAAACGAGACUCGGUUUGUAUCCCCGAAUAACCUCAUGUACUCACUACGAUGAUCAGGGCCAGGACGCGUUUUCUGCAGCUUCAAGUUCACAG